AUGGCGACGGAGCUGUCUGUGGCGCAGGAGCAGCUCGCCGGCAGCAGGGCAGAGUCCACCAGCUUCAUGGAGGAGGUCAUGCGGCUGCGCGAUGUUCUGAACAUCACAACGACCGAGUUGCAGACGCGGCAGCAGCGCGUGGAUGAGCUGGAGCGCGAGAACAGGCAGCUGCGCGCGAGCCAGACGCAGGCCAUGAGCUCAGCCCAGCGCACGGAGGCGUUCGGCCAACUGCGGUCAGCGGUGGGCAGCGGGGGGACGCGCCAUCAAAGCGGCGGUCUCGCCACUCCCGCACUCCCUUCGCGCGUUGGAAGCAAGAGCCGCCGCCCCACACACUCCGCGACGGCGCUGCAGCUCGAUGGUCACCGGUCGCUGCAGCUGCAGCGGCUGUUGCGUACAGAUGUCAUGAACGUAACUGGCGCCAUCGAGGCGUACGUGUGGCACUGUUUCCGUACCGAGGUGGUGCCGCACAUGGAGCUCCUGCACAGCCUGUACAACGGCGNCCGGCUGAUGGCGGUGGAGCCACCCAUCACUCACGCCCAGCUGAGUGCUAUGAAACGGGUGUUGGUUGAGUUUAAAGGAAUGCCUUCAGGAGGCGCAACUGAAAUGCACGGCACUCUGCGUCUCAGCAGUCUCCGCUCGCCCUCGUCGUCAGCGUCGGUGUCGUCUUCUUGGGUCAAUCAGGUGGAGCUGCUGUCAUUCCGAACCGAUGCCUGGCACGCCAACAUUGGUCUGCUGAUGCAAAUGAUACGCAUGCUGUCGAGUGUGCGCCGUGUGGAGCUUUUUGCUGUGAGUGACACGACGGUCAUGCAGCAGCUGGCUGAAACACUCCUCAUGGAGCUCCAUGUGGAGGUGCUCACGCUGCCGGAGGUGUCACUGACGGACGAGGGACUAGCGAUCCUCUUCUCGCUCAUUACGCGACGAGAGCAGCUGGCUACGGGGUGUUCAGUAAAGAUGACAAGUCCUUCAGCAACGACGGAUGAUUUUCCGGCGGACUCGAUGAUGCAGGAAAGCGACGUGCUGUCACCCGCCGACUGUUCGCACACCGCUGUGGAUACGAAUGCAGACACCUCUGCUGUUGCUCCUGAGGCUGCCCCAGCAUCAGCGGGAGUGGCAGUGGUGAAGGAGGACGAGGAGCCGCAGUUCAAAGUGCAGUGCCUGGACCUCAGCCGCUGCACGAUCACCCAUCCAACGACACUGUUCCGAACGUUCCGAGGUCCAACAGUGGAGGUGCUCGUCUUGACGGGGUGCACCACACUGCGUGACGUGCAUGUGCGCGGCAUUCUCGAAGCGUGCCCGAAGCUGCACACGCUCGACCUCUCAGGCGACGAUGGUCUCACGACGGCGUGUGUCACGUACAUCUCUCAGCAUGAGCGGCUGAAGGUGCUGCGGUUGGAGAACUGCCCCGGCAUCAAGCAACUGGAGUUGGCCAAUAUUGAGGUGCUCUUCUCCUCACUCGCGUACGUCGCAAUGCUGCGUGCGCCGGAGCUGCGCCGCCUGCCCGUGCCCCUCACGCACUCCCAUGUUCUUUUUGACUUCUUUGCGCCGAAGCUGACGGAAAUUACGCUGAAGGGCAUCGUCGUGGAUCGCGGCACGCUUGGUGCGUUCAUUCACCGCUCCAAUAGUGAAAAUAAUGGUGAUCGGUGCGUCACACCCAAGUUUCUCAUGGCCAGCGCCAGCGUGUUGUCGGUGGGAACAGCGCAGCAGCAGUCCUGUGACAUGGUGCAGCUUCUCUCAGCUGGUUUUAUUGAUUGCCUUAUCGCUUCAUCAUCGGAGCUAGAGGCAUUUGUAAAGCAGCAAACACACCUGGUGCGGCUCUCCCUCCACGGAUGUAAGGGCGUAGUGGAUGCCCAUCUUGCGCGGCUCCCACUUUCGCUCUUGGAGCUCGACGUGGGUGGUGUGGCCCAGCUGACGGGCAGUAGCAUUGAUGCCAUUGCCACCCGCCUACCGCAACUCAUCAAGCUGAGCCUGAAAAACGCCGGCAAUGCAAUUGGCAACGCCGAGGUACGCCACCUGCAUGGAAUGGCGAGCAUGGAAGUGCUGAACCUACUUGGGCUUCCGCAGUUGCUGCCGGAAACAGUGGCUGGUAUCGUGAUGGCGUUGCCGCGGCUGCGGGUGCUGUACCACGAAACUGCUGUUGUCUCCACGAACCUGCCGACCUCUGUGCUGCGGGUGGAGCGGACGGACGAAGAGGACACCACGCGGCAGGACAUCAACCACUGCGCCAAGGAGCUGCUGCAGCUGCGCAACGAGACCGCGCUGUCCCUCUGGAUGGAGGCGCAGCUGCCGAAACCCGCUACACUGCUUCCCUCGCGCCCAACUACAACAUGCGGCAUUGACGUUGGGGCGCCGAAUCCGCCAUUGACGAUAAACACGACGUUCUAUGAAGUGGCACAGCAGUCGCUGUCGCGGCAAGGCACACGUGCGGCGGGGUCCACAGAGGCGUCAUCAACAGGAACAGCGGCGGCGAAGGCGAGGGCGGAUGACUGCCAGCAGCAGGGGGAGCCGGAUGUAUUGACCUUUACGAGCGGUGACGACGGGGCGGUACCGCGUCCGCCCAUGGAUGCGGACAAUGACGACGACGAUGACAAUGAAGACGACGAUGCGAAAUCUAGGCGAAGUGCUGCCGAUGCCCGUCGCGCAAUUGAAGAUGCGAUGGAUGAGAAGGGUAGAAUAGCCAUUGAGAAGGCGCCCCUCGGGCCGUGGGACGAGUCCGACAUUGUUGCUGAGCGUCGACGGUAG